CGUCAUUAGCUUCGCGAACGGGCGAAUAUUCAGCAUUUGACGUCAAUGAACUGUCGACCCGAAUUGUGAAUCAUCGAUCAUUUUUUAAGGACUUCAAAUAUAGCAAUUCCAAAUGGCAAACAUUUGAUAUGAAGCUGUUUGGAAGUGAGUUUGACUGUAAAAUAAUACCUAAGUUGGUUUCCCCUGGUUUUUAGAUUGUCAUUUUAACUUUACGAACGCGACGUGACUUGUGAAGUGUCACAACACGCUUGUCAUUCAAGAAUCUUAAACAUUGACUUCCUGUUUCUCAAGACUUGACCCUAUGUGAGACAUACUCRAAAGAUUUGCAUCUAAAAUUUUAUAGUUAUUCUGAAUAGGAGGAAGACGACUUAACAGUCGAAAAUUAAGGGAAUAUAUCAUGUCUACGAAGGCUCAAGUUUGACGAGAAAUUCAACGAAAUCUGAUAAGUAAUUGGGAAAUUUCAUCUCAGAAGUUUACUUAACAAGUUGGACCGCUCAAUUGCCCUUCGUAGUUUAUAGUUUCAAAUAUGGAAGCGAAAUUAUUCAGUGGGCAGCAAAAUGUCAACARUUGCAUGGAAUCCGAGUUCAACGAGAGAACUUUGGAAGAAUUUUUGGAGCAAUGUGUCGAUAGAGCCUUUCAGCUGAGUCCCGAAAAUGAUCCUAUCAACAUGGAUCCAUAUCAAAUGUAUCCUCAACCAGAACCAGUUGGUAUGAUACCCAUGGUUCCUUGCGAGCGCGUGGUCAAACAAGAGACUGUCGAUCUCUCUGUUCAGGUCUUAGACCUGAAGGAUUCUUAUGARAAAGGUCAAAGCCGCAGAAAGGCAAACUCACAACAAAGAUUACUCGAUGGAGAAGUGAACUUUUCAAUAACAUGCUCACAUCAGUUGAAGGCCGCUUACGUAUACGUCGAACGAGUCCCCGAAGCUGCACGCAUUCUACAAGACACAACGGGACGUGUACCUCUAAACAUUAUCUGGAAAAAGAGUCACGGAACACAAAUKACAUUUUCAGUUGACCUUGACAGUGUAUACGAAACAUCUGCUGGUACAAAAGUCUACGAACUUUCGAGAGUAAAGGGAGAAGAAAGGAAYAUCUUCCAGUUGAUCUUGUUAUUUUUUUUCGUAAAUGGAGAAACAAAGGAAUUCAUUACCAAGCRUUUUAGAGUGAAGAGUAAAAUAAACUCAACAAGAUCUGAAUCACGCGAGGAUCUGGACGAYACCACRACAAAUAUCGAUGAUCAUGUACCGUACUCCUAUGAUAACUCACCUCAACAYCACAGAAAACGAAAGCGAGAAGCCCUAGGUGACUGCUCUCCUGGAAGUAUUAGUAGUGGRUUUGGAAGCGAUGUGUCAAGCUACUCAGAAAUCAUCACAGACCACCUAGAGGCAAAGUCAGCGACAAUUGAAGAGCUAAGACUCAGGAAACCUAUUCUAACACCAUGUGGUGACAUUGCUUAUCAUCUACCGCUCGACAAGAGUCUCUUAAACGGCGAGGAGGAGUUCGAGGAGGGGGAUAUUGUUGGUUUCUUUGAGGAUCCGGAGGAAGGCAAGACGUGCAUCCAGAAAUUAACUCAUUUUAACGCUCACAAGUUUAAACUGGCUGGUGUGAUUAGCAGAUCAGCGUAUCUCGAGGCUAAAGCCAACAUUGAAGAUAACAACGACGAAACAGAUGAAGUCGUUUGUAUGAUUGGAAUGGUUCGAGUCAAAGUAAUGGGUCAAGUCAAAAACGGCGAACGAAUUUACGCUUCAAUCGAAAACCCYGGUCUUGCGAUACCUCAAAGUCGAUUGGUUGAAGCAACGGCCAAAGAAGCUGUUCUACUCGGYCAAUCCCUGGAAACGACCACCUGCAAGUCUUAUGACGUCACUCGUCCCCAGUGCUUCGUCUCUCUGAUACUCACAAUCGGUACUAAUCACGUGAUUCARGCGAUUAAUGACUUGCGCAUUGAAGUUCGAGAAGAUGUGAAAUCUGAAGUGAAGCAACAUAAGAAGAAGUAUAUUCGAGGAUGUAAAAAGUGGCUCGCUAUUGGAUUCUUGUUAGCUUUAGCGUUGUCUAUAUUAUUCUACCAAUUAUUUGCACCUGGUACGGCGUUGCGGUAUUACCAAUGUAGCCGUGGAUCAAUUGAGGACAGUGACAUAUACUUCACCUUUGAGACCGCGGACCUCCAGCGACCACGCGUACAUGGGAUUGAGUUCCGAUGGCGAAGACUAAAGAAGAAACUGAAAUUGAAGUUUGACAGAUUACAUCUUAAAGGAGUCAAGUUCUACCUAAACAUCGACCGGUGUGCACAUGGUGGCAUUCGCCCAGUUGCAUCUCGGCUUGAUGGUCUACCGAUGGUUCGUGGCGCUGAGGUKUUCGCYGUCAAUAGUAACUGCUCUACUGUGUACUAUCAUUCGGAUGGCUGGCAUCCUUAUACUUCGGCAACAGACAUAGUUUGCUCGCCAGCUUGAGAUCAGUAGAAUGCKCGAACCGCAGUUUUAUUAACACGAAUAUGGCAGACGUGGUAUGCUGCCAUCUUUGUUUUMAUCACGAGAACAGUAGAGAAACAAGCAAUAUAGAGCGAAGUSAAAAACCCGUGAAAUGCACUGAUAUUCAACUAAUACACAUUGAUACGUUCUAAUUCCAUGCUUUGCUUUUGUGUUUAUCGCAAAGUAAUAGUAAAGUCUUAUGGGUUUAGUGACUUUACUCUCUCUAGCGUUGUUUCAUUAACAGCAGUAGUGUCGAUCGGACAAUUAUAAACAGAGAAAGUAUAAUAGAAUUAUUCAGAACUGUUUUGGUAGCUACAUGCUUCACAGGUGUAUUCUGUGUUUUCUAUUUUAAAAUUUAUAUACCGCUUUGCAGACAAUUCGACUCAAAAAUGCGCACAUUUGCUAUAUUUAUAAGUGAUAUAUUUGUUGAAGACGUAGCAGCUCUUCACGUAAUAAUAGUUAAUACGUAUACGCGCACCCGUACGUAAUGCUCUGUCGUAAUGUAACUAUAUUUGCAUAUAUAUAUAAAAAAAACAAUUGGAAUAACUUUGAAUUGAAUUUAUAUUAUAAUCCACGAAAUAUAUACGUGGAAAUAUUCCUAAAUGUGAAGCCUAAAAACCCGUGAAACAAAAAUUACACUUACAAUAUUAACUUUGGUACGCUUGGUACGUUGUUUGACAAACAAACUUUAAGUACUCGAAUUUUGCUGCACGGUUUAAUGACUUCACUCUAGUGCUAUUAUACAAUUUGUAUUAAAUAAAUCUUAACUGAUAAUUAUUUUAUGGUAAAAUUAUAUACACAUAUUUAU